CCAUUGCUUGUGCUAAGUCAGCGGGGGUCCACGCCUCUCUUCACAAACCCCCUUUUGAUUGCCAUUGCAUGCAAACUUAGCCCCUGAUUUGGACUCUUGUCAGCUGUCACUCUCCUGCACGCGAUCCCUAAAAGGCUAAAAGGGCCUCUCUUUCGCAAUCCCAAUCGCCACCCACUUCACAAUUCUCAGGACGGCUCAUAUAAAAAGGAAGAAGCUUUUAUGCUGAUUUGGCUACAGACUGUUUUAGGUUAAUGGGAGCCUCAAAUUCUAGAUUGGAAGAAGACAAGAGUCUGCAGCUAUGCCGGUCGAGAAAGAAAUUCAUCAAACAGGCACUUAACGGCAGAUGUUCUCUUGCAGCUGCUCAUAUAGGAUAUAUCGAGGAACUGAAAAUCGUAGGAUCAGCUUUGAGGAGAUUUGUGGAAUUAGAUUCUCAAUUCGAGACUUUAGCACAUUCUUCAACGUGUGCAACUCCGGAGCCCCAUUCUUUGAAGUCUGUUUCUCGAUUAUCUUUUUCCUCCCGGUCUUUAUCGCAAAAUGUUGAUGCAAUCGGAAAUCUUUCGCCACCUUCUUCCACCCCUGUUUCGACUCAGUUCCAAUCUCAUCAUAUGAAAUUUAGAGGCUCGUUUUCUACAAAAGUCGAAGAAAAGCCUCCCGUGCCUUUUGCAGUGUCAGUUUCUUCUACAACUCCUCCAACUACCACCCCUCGCUCCACGGAAACACCAGAAGCAUCGCCUUUUGAAACUGCUGAAGCAACAGAAAAUUCUCCUUGGGAUUAUUUUGGUCUAUUUCAUCCAAUUGAUCAGCAUUUAUCUACACAAGAGAGCCAUGGAUUUGAUCAGGGUUCAGAGAAUAUUGAUGAGAUAAGGCAUCAAAGGGUAGAGGGAGGGGCUCGCGGACUAGAUAAUACAGAAGAUAAAUUAUCAUCUGAUGGAAUAGAAGAUUCACAGAUAUCAGAUGAUGAAUUUGAUGAGCCCUCCACUGCUACCCUUGUUCGAAGUUUCAAAAAUGUGAACAGGUCUAUAGAGAAUCUUCUCAAUGAAGAUUUGUCUUCCAUACCUUCUGAAAAUAGAGUAUCAGAAACCAUGUUUUCGGGUGCUGAAAAUGUAAAGGGAACAAGAGAAGCUAUUGUCAAUGGAGUUUCAGCACCUAAGCCAUCAGAAAUAUCAGAAAUCAAGUUAACGAAUGGGAAGAACAAUAACAACUCACCUGAUUUGUCCCCUCUACGAGCUCCAUCUUCCAGAUUUGUGCAUUUGGAUGAUGUCAAGAUAACACCAGUGAAACAAACCGAAGUCGAAGAUCAAGUUGUACCAAAGGACUUUCUUUCGAGCAUGAAAACUAUUGAUCAGCUUUUUGCUAAAGCAUCUGAAUCAGGAAAAGAAGUUCCAAAGAUGCUUGAAGCAAAUAAAUUCCAUUUCCGACAAGUUACUCAUGGAAAACAAGGUGGGUCAGCUACCUCAUCAUUAAUGAAAUCUUGUUUUUCCUGUGGGGAUGAUCCAAGUCAGGUUCCACAAGAGCCGCUUCAAGAAUCUGUCAAGUACUUGACUUGGCAUCGCACAACAUCAUCUCGGUCCGCCUCAUCACGGAAUCUUCUUGGUGUGAAUUCCAAUGAUGGUGUUGAAGAUCUUAGUAAGAAUCUCUUUGACAACUUCUGUAUGGUCUCUGGAAGCCAUGCAUCAACCUUGGAUAGGCUUUAUGCAUGGGAGAAGAAGCUUUAUGACGAAGUUAAGGCUGGUCAGAUUCUUAAGAGUAAUUUUGAUCAGAAAUGCAGACUUCUUCGACAACAAGAAUCACAAGGAGAGAAUGCCGACAAGACGCGAGCUGCAGUCAAAGGACUGCACUCGAGAAUUAGAGUUGCUGUUCAGAGAAUCGAUUCCAUCUCAAAGAAGAUCGAAGAAAUUAGAGAUAGAGAGCUUCAGCCGCAACUCGAGGAACUAAUAGAGGGAUUAAGGAAGAUGUGGGAGAUGAUGUUGGAAUGCCACAAGCUUCAACUUCAUACAAUCUCGGUAUCUCAAAUGCCUGGAAGCAUGAAAAUCAUUAUACAGUCGGAUUCGCGGAAACAGAUCACCAUCCAUCUCAAGAAUGAACUAAGCUAUCUGUCAUCCAUCUUCACGAAAUGGAUCAACGCGCAGAAACACUACGUGGAAUCCAUCAACAAGUGGCUCUUCAAGUGUGUUUUGCUACCGCAGAAUACCUCCAAGAGGAACAAAAGGAUGAGACCUCCGCCCAUACAGAACAUGGGGCCGCCAAUAUACAUGAUAUGCGGUGCUUGGUUGGAGAUGUUCGACAAACUCCCUUCUAAAGGAGUCGUCGAUUCUAUCAAGGACUUGGAGGUGGAAGUAUCGCACUUUCUCCCUCAUCAAGAGAAGAGCCAGGGGAAGGCUGCAAGUACUACAAUACUGGGAGACGAAGUCUUGCAAGACCGGACACCUGCUCUGGAUCGUUUCAGGACGAGCUUGACUGGAUUUCUCGGGCAGCUGAACAACUUUGCUGAGUCAUCAGAGCGGAUGUUCUCUGACCUACAAAACGCAAUCCAGGAAGCUAAGAAUAACUAUGAACUAUUCAAGUCACAACAGUCAUAGUCAUUGAGAUUUUGCAAUUAAUAGGAGAAUGUUUAAAUUGAAAAAAUAAAGAAUUUCACACACAGAUAUAGAACUACAGGUUCACAGGGAACAUCUGUACAUGUGGUUAUCCAAUAAACUGCAUAGUUUGAAUAGAGAUUUUUCAACCAAAGCUCAACUGGAUUUGGUUAGUUUGGAAUAUUUGUUAUUCAUUAUAUCUGAUUUGGUGUAUUGAAUGAGGAAGCUAUUUUUGUCACCUUGAUAACAUAAAACAAGGUUCCAAGAAGGGUGGAUCAAAUGUGUUGGAUA